AUGCCCUCCGCUCUGAGGACGUACUCGUCCCCGAUGUCCAUGUCGAGAUACCUCAGCCCCAAAACCACCACAACAACACCUUUCAGCACCCUCUCCUCACCACUCCGCCCCAUGACUAACUUCACCACCGCCAUCCGUCCCCAACUGCAGACCCUAAGCAACACACAACUCCCCUCCGCGGCUACCCCCUCCGCCCAACAGUCCCGCUCUUUCUCCGCCAGUGCCUCCCUGGCCGGUAAGCGCGCGACCUACAAUCCCUCGCGACGGGUGCAGAAACGGCGUCACGGAUUCUUGGCCCGGGUGCGGUCGCGUGGAGGACGGAUGAUCAUCUUGCGGAGGAGGGCGAAGGGCCGUAAGUCGCUGAGUUGGUAG